AUGUCUCAGAACGAAUCCGAUAGUGCUAGUGGAGAAUCCCACGUGGCGACAGCCCCGGAAAAUGACGACACUACGGAAGCACAAGCGAAAGCUGUGGUAGAGGAUGAGGAGGUGGCGGAGGAGGAGGAAGGUUCAAGUGGUGAAUGUCCCGAGGACGCAGAAGAACGGCAAAAGCAUGAGUCAGCUAUGCGCACAAUUCUAGACCAACAGAGUAUUAUUCAAUUCCGCCAAUAUGCUCAGGAACAGCAUCCUAAGGAUAUUGCUAAGCAAGAUGAGUUGAUUCGGCAAAUGCAGGACCAAUACUUCGAAUACUACAUGGAAAAUGUUCAGCGUUCACAAAUGAUCCAUCAGAAACGUCAAAUCGAUCAGCUUCUCGGUCUACGUGAGGCUUCUCUCACUAACGCCGCAAAUGGUGAAGGAGAAGGUGGAGCCGGUGACGGUGGUGAUAGUGCUGGUGAACCGGUACCGCUGCCUUUGGUCCCAGCAAGUAUGUGGACCCGAAAGGAUAUUGCAGACUUUAAGAAAGACAUUCUGUCAAAUCAUCGCGAGUGUUGCAUCAAAAUUUCUUCGCUUGCUUCGGCCACUCUACGAGUUCCAACUCAUGAAGAGGGAUCCAGCAUUUUUUGGGAGUUUGCAACCGACUCCUACGAUCUGGGAUUUGGUCUCUUUUUCGAAUGGAACCUCACACCCCAGGAAAACAUCACGAUAACCAUUUCUGAGUCCAGUGAUGAGGAGGAAGAAGAGGAAGAUGAAGAUGAGGAUGGGAAUGCAGCUGAAUCUACCUCAAAACUGCGGAUUGCUAGCACCACUCCAGAUGAGGCCGACGUGGAAAGUGGAGGUGGGAACGGUAGAAGUAAAAAGGUCACCAACACUCCACCAACGGAUGAACUAAUACCGGUCUACCGUCGAGAUUGUCACACAGAGGUGUAUUGUGGCAGUCAUCAAUAUCCCGGCUGUGGUGUCUACGUCUUCAAAUUUGACAACUCCUUUUCUCUUUGGCGGUCUAAGUGGCUCUAUUAUCGAAUCUUCUAUGGAAAGUGA